AUGGCGGCGGGCACAGGCUACGUGCGGCUGUGGGGCGCGGCGCGGUGUUGGGCGCUGCGGCGGCCGUUGCUGGCCGCCGCUGGGGGGCGGGUUCCAACUGCUGCCGGAGCGUGGUUGCCCAGAGGCCGGCGGGCCUGCGACGCCUCGCCUCCCUGGGCGCUGUGGGGCCGAGGCCCUGCGGCCGCGAGCCAGUGGCGGGGACUUUGGGAGGCGAACAGCCGCGGCGGCGGUGGCGCAUUCUCCGGCGGCGAGGAUGCCCCCGAGGGCGGUGCCGAGGAUGGGGCCGCGGGCGCGGGGAGCAGCUCGGGAGGCGGGGAAGGCCCCAUCAUAACGGCGCUGACGCCCAUGACGAUUCCGGACGUGUUCCCGCACUUGCCGCUCAUCGCCGUCACCCGCAACCCGGUGUUCCCGCGCUUCAUCAAGAUUAUCGAGGUUAAAAAUAAGAAGUUGGUUGAGCUGCUAAGAAGGAAGGUCCGUCUUGCCCAGCCGUAUGCCGGCGUCUUUCUAAAGAGAGAUGACAACAACGAGUCGGACGUGGUCGAGAGCCUGGAUGAAGUCUACCACACGGGGACGUUUGUCCAGAUCCACGAGAUGCAGGACCUCGGGGACAAGCUGCGCAUGAUCGUCAUGGGACACAGAAGGAUUCACAUCAGCAGACAGCUGGAGGUGGAGCCGGAGGAGGCCGAGGCGGAAAACAAGCAGAAGCCCCGCAGGAAGCCGAAACGUAGCAAGAAGGAGGCGGAGGAGGGCCUGAGCUCCGGGCACCCGAUGGAGGUGAUGGUGGAGCCCGCCUCGGCUCCCCCCGGCGAGGUGCUCAUGGUGGAGGUGGAGAAUGUCGUCCACGAGGACUUCCAGGUCACGGAAGAAGUGAAGAUCCCCAAGCGGCUGUAUAAGGCCCUCUCCCUCCUCAAGAAGGAGUUUGAGCUGAGCAAGCUGCAGCAGCGCCUGGGGCGCGAGGUGGAAGAGAAGAUCAAGCAGACGCACCGCAAAUAUCUCCUGCAAGAGCAGCUGAAGAUCAUCAAGAAGGAGCUGGGCCUGGAGAAGGAGGACAAGGACGCCAUCGAGGAGAAGUUCCGCGAGCGGCUGAAGGAUCAGCUCGGCCCCUCUGGGAUACGCCUUGUCCCUCCCGCGGCCCCCGGAACCCUGCAAGGCGGCGUGACGGUGCUGAGGCCCACGUCAGGCUGGGCCCCUUGCUCUGCAGAGAGGGCGGCGAGCCUCACGGGAGCCCACCUCUGCCCGCAGGAGUUCAUCGCCGUCAGCCAGCUCCGAGGCUCCACCCAGGGCAAGAUCCUCUGCUUCUACGGUCCGCCUGGCGUGGGCAAGACCAGCAUCGCCCGCUCCAUCGCCCGUGCCCUGAACCGCGAGUACUUCCGCUUCAGCGUCGGCGGCAUGACCGACGUGGCCGAGAUCAAAGGGCACAGGCGGACGUAUGUGGGCGCCAUGCCGGGAAAGAUCAUCCAGUGCCUGAAGAAGACCAAGACGGAGAACCCCUUGAUCCUGAUAGACGAGGUGGACAAGAUCGGCCGGGGCUACCAGGGGGACCCCUCGUCAGCACUGCUGGAGCUGCUGGACCCUGAGCAGAAUGCCAACUUCCUGGAUCACUACCUGGACGUGCCCGUGGACUUGUCCAAGGUGCUGUUCAUCUGCACGGCCAAUGUCACGGAGACCAUUCCAGAGCCGCUGAGGGACCGGAUGGAGAUGAUCAACGUGUCUGGCUACGUGGCCCAGGAGAAGCUGGCCAUCGCAGAGCGCUACCUGGUGCCUCAGGCCCGCGCCCUGUGUGGCCUGGAUGAGAGCAAGGCCAAGCUGUCCCCAGAGGUGCUGACCCUCCUCAUCAAGCAGUAUUGCCGGGAGAGCGGCGUGCGCAACUUGCAGAAGCAGGUGGAGAAGGUGUUACGGAAGUCUGCCUACAAGAUUGUGAGUGGCGAGGCCGAGCUCGUGGAGGUGACGCCCGAGAACCUGCAGGACUUUGUGGGGAAGCCCGUGUUCACCGUGGAGCGCAUGUAUGACGUGACGCCCCCCGGCGUGGUCAUGGGGCUGGCCUGGACUGCCAUGGGAGGCUCUACGCUGUUUGUGGAGACCUCCCCUCGGCGGCCACGAGACAAGGACGGCAAGGGGGACAAGGACGGGAGCCUGGAGGUGACAGGCCAGCUGGGGGACGUGAUGAAGGAGAGUGCUCGCAUCGCCUACACCUUCGCCAGGGCCUUCCUGAUGCAGCACGACCCGGCCAACGACUACCUGGUGACCUCCCACAUCCACCUGCACGUGCCCGAGGGCGCCACCCCCAAGGACGGCCCGAGUGCCGGCUGCACCAUCGUCACGGCGCUGCUCUCCCUCGCGACGGACCGGCCAGUUAGACCAAACCUGGCCAUGACGGGCGAGGUCUCCCUCAGGGGCAAGAUCCUGCCGGUGGGCGGCAUCAAGGAGAAGACCAUCGCGGCAAAGCGAGCUGGAGUGACCUGCAUCGUCCUGCCAGCCGAGAACAAGAAGGACUUCUAUGACCUGGCCGCCUUCAUCACCGAGGGCCUGGAGGUCCACUUCGUGGAACACUACCGGGAGAUCUUCAACAUCGCCUUCCCCGAGGAGCAGGCGGAGGCCAUGGCGGUGGAGCGGUGA